AGUUUUAAUUUGCUCGAUGUUUGUGUCCAUGUGCCGAAGCCCGCUUAGGGCAUACUAUCAGUCGUCACUGCCAACGGAAGGUGGAUAAGUAGAGCUCCGGUCGCAUGCAGGAGCAGCGGCAUUUCGAUGCGGGACAUUGACAAACGAAGCCUUGCAUCUUCUCCAUCUGCAUCUGCAAACUUGCAACAUAGCUCUACAUCCACUUGAGACCUUCUGUAAAUCAUCGAAAGCCAUGGAUCAAUUACCAGAAUUCGGUCGCUCCAUCUUCCCGGCCUUGAUGCCGACGAUGAAGACAUACGCUACUCUGCACGAGAAGAACAGGAGGAGCAUCGAAUCAACUCCGCGUGAAGAGUUCAAGUAUGGCUCCGACCCGCGUCAAAAGCUUGAUUUCUACAGUCCAGAUCAAGUUACAGAUGACACACCAAUACUCGUCUUUGUCUAUGGAGGCGGUCUCUCCAGAGGUGACAAGCGCAUGCCUAGCCCGCCAACAGCGGAAGGUCUGGUGUACGCAAACAUAGGCCACUACUUCUCGUCCAGAGGUUUCGUCACAGUGAUCCCCGACUACAGACGUACUGGCGACGGUGGCGCAUUCCCUUCUGGAGGUCAGGAUAUAGCAGGUGCCAUCGGAUGGAUCAAGAACCGCUUUACUGGCGGCAACCACAAGCUCUAUAUUAUGGGCAAUUCUGCUGGUGCAGUACACUCUGCAACCUGGCUACUCGAAAAAUCGCUCGCCGAGUCAAGGAAGACAGUUCAAUCAGGUCCAGUAGUCAUCCAGGGUGUCGUACUGGUCUCUAUACCUGCACACUUCCAACAAGCUGGUGACGACCGCACAGAAGUCCUCACAACAUAUUACAAAGACAGGGUAGAGCAGGACUGUGCCCUUGGACUUGUAUCGAGAGCUGAGUCUCCAAUCACAAGAUUGUUGGUUGUUACUGCCACUCUGGAUCCCCAAGAUGAGAUUCUUGACUGCAGUCAAGACUUUGUCAACAAGUACAAAGAGAAAUUCGGCCAAGAGAAGCUGAGUGAGGUUUUACUCGAAGGGCACAACCAUUUCAGCACCGUCCUUGGAUUAAGCACCGGAAUCGAGCGGGAAGAGUCCCUAGGUAAAGAGGUGCUCAAGUGGAUGGGCCAGGCUUAAAUUCACUAGGCUAGACUGAGCAAAAUACCAAUAUCAUGCUUCGGGGUCGUCAUCCUCAGCAACUGUGCC